CCCUCUCUUCAUCUUCCUUUUCCCUCCAUCCAUUCCCCUCUCUAUUCUUAUAGUCUCUCUCUCUCCCUCCCUCCCUAUGCUUUUCCCAGCCUUUCUCCUUCGCUGCACUUUAACAACAAUGGCCGUCUGUGUGGCUGUCGUCGCUAAAGAGAAUUACCCCCUCUACAUCAAAACCAUUCCAACAGACAAUGAACUCAAGUUCUACUACACAGUCCAUACAUCUUUAGAUGUGGUUGAAGAGAAAAUUUCUUCUGUUGGUAAAAACACCAAUGACCUGCGCGAACUCUACCUUGGAUUGCUUUAUCCAACUGAAGACUAUAAAGUGUAUGGCUAUGUGACCAAUACCAAAGUGAAGUUUGUGAUUGUGGUCGAAUCGUCCAAUACGUCGUUGCGAGACAAUGAAAUCAGAAGUAUGUUUAAAAAGCUCCACAAUGCCUAUGUCGAUAUGCUCUGCAAUCCAUUCUACACUCCAGGGGAGACCAUCACCUCCAAAUCUUUUGAAAAUGUAAUUAAUUCUAUGAUGCAACAAGAGUGAGAAUAUUAUAUUCCUUGAAGAAUGGCCAGAUACAAUAAGUUGUGUUGUUGUUGUUGAUGAUGAUGUCAUCAGCUCACAGCAAAGAGGAAGAAAAUAUAAAGUCUGCUGUCUGUUUUUACUCUAACCAUUAUUCGAAGAAGAUUUGAAGAAUGUCUGAAAGUUGUAGCCUGAUUUAACUCACAGACGGCAUUAGAUUAUUAUAUUUCAAUAUCAAGACUUUAAAUGUGGACAAUGACAAGGGUUUGGGGUUAGAAGUCAAUGUGGACUCCAUAAGAAAAUUGGUUGAGAGGUGGGAGAAAAACUUGGCAUUCACUUCGGCUCUGAGCACUUCUGGACAUUUUCUUCACAAAGCCGGAAUACAUUCCAUUCUAGAGAACCCUGGUCUCACACCUGAAAUGGCCAACUGCAUUCUUCUGUUGUUGUUACCUUAAGUCACCUCUACACCAACAUCCUUCAGAUAAACGCCAGUCCACCAUCAUCUUGUACCAUUUUUACUCAGCUGCCUGUUGUUGUUGUUGUUCUACUACUACCACUGCUGCUGCUACUACUACUACUACUACUACUAGUGUCAGUGUUGUAGGCUGCACAAUGCAGCUGUAUUCUAAUGUCAGCGGAGGAAAGGAAAAAGUAUUGCUUCUCCAAAAUACGCUUCUGCUUCUUUUGCCCUGCACCUAACUCAUUUGCAUAAUAAGCACCAACACACACACACACACAGUCUCUCUCUCUCUUCCCUCUCCCUACCUCUCUCCUCCAGAGCUUCUUUCUCUUUGUUCUUUUAACCCUUUAGUGUUCGCAUUAUUCUGCCAAAAUUAAUCCUUUUUUAUCC